GGAAGAGAAAUAAUAAAGACCGACCCUUUGUUCUUCUAAAUAUUUAGCUUCCUUUUGUGUUAAGCAGAAUCUGUCUGCUUGGGAGCCCUCUCUAAAACCCUAUAUAAAAAGCACCUCUCUUGCCUCCUCUUCCUCAUUCACAAAUCUCUCUUUUAAACCUAAUCACCCCAAAAAAAAAAGCUUCCACCUUUUUACUUCUCCUCGGUUCCAUCGUUCUCAGCCAGCCGCCAGGUCUCUAAAUCCCAAUUCAGAUUUGUUCAAUCUGAUCGAAAAGGAGAGAGAGAGAUAUGGCUGCGGAGGAAGGUGGUGGUGUUGUUCAUGCUCCUCACGAAGUAGUCUCUGAGGCUUUUGUUGAACAGUACUAUCAUCUAAUGGGAAACGCCACUCAUGAAGCUCAUAGGCUUUAUGUUGAUGCUAGCGUUAUCACCAGACCUGGUCCUGAUGGUACCAUGCUCUCUUUUACUUCCCUCGAGGCUAUCAAGAAGCACUACCUUACCUGUGAAUAUAAGGGAACUACAUACGAUGUGCUUAGUGUUGAUUCUCAGAGGUCGUUGCAAGAUGGGAUUUUAAUUGUCGUUAUUGGUUUGUUGACUGGUAAUGAUAACCUCAAGAGGAAGUUUUCCCAAACGUUUUAUCUGGCCCUUCAGGGCAAUGUCCAUGUUGUCGUCAAUGACAUGUAUCGCUUUGUUGAUGAUGAGUCUUCCGCUCAAACAACUGUUCCAGCUGUUGUUGAAUCUGUUGCUGUGCCAGAAACUGAAGUGGUGAAGCCAGUUGUUGAGAUAAACAAGACCAAGCCUGUCCACAAAGUCGAUACUCCCGCCACCAAGAAGUCUGUCAAUGCUGCUGAGGUCAAGAAGGUUGUUCCUGCUUUGGAAAAACCUAAAGAGCCAAUUACUGAAACUGCUUCUGCUGCUGCUCCUCCGGUUGAUGGAGGCAAGAAAUCGUAUGCUGCGAUGGUUCAAUCAUUAUCGAGAAACACUGCUCCGUUCCAAGUUAAAGCUGCUCCCGCUCAGAAACCGAAGUCCAUGGAACCAACCAAGGCGCGUGCUGCUCCAGCGUCUGCUGCUGUUGUGAAAUCUGAAAAGAAAAGUGACCAGAGGAUCAUUGACGAACCAGGAACUUCGAUAUUUGUGUCAAAUCUGCCAAUGGAUGCAAAGCCGCCUCAGCUCUAUGAACUGUUCAAGGACUUUGGCCCUAUCAAGCAAGGUGGAGUUCAAAUCAGAAGCUCCAGGGCUAGUGGAAGGUGCUUUGGUUUUGUCUCCUUUGAAUCUGUUGCAUCUGUGCAGAGCAUGCUUAAGGCUGCCAAGAGCAAUCCCUUCAAGCUUGGGGAUUACAAGCUUCGUGUAAAGGAAAAGCAAGUUGAGUUUGAUGGAAGCAAACAGUCUGGUGGGAGAAGCGGAGGUGGAAGCAGGGCACAGAAUGGCUCUGUAGAUGAGAGCAAGACUCCUACUGGUUCGGUAGAGGAGAGCAAGACUCCGACUGGUUCUGCUGAUGGAAGCAAGUCUGAGAAUGGCUCUGCUGCAGGUGUGGAAGAUGAUGGCUUCCAGACAUUCACAAGCCGUAGGAACAGAAGAGGAAACGGAGACAAGAAAAACAGUGGAGCUACUAAGGUCAAAGCUUGA